UGAUGUACUGGCUGGCAUUUCCAGAUUGCCAUCAACUCUGGGUUUAGACGACUUCCAAAUUGUCAAUCUUUAUUUCUUUUCUUUUCUGAAUUGCAUUGAAUUCUUAACCGGCUGACCCAAAGUGUCAUUAUCAUGCGGAGGUAUUUUCGGUGCUCGUGGAAGAGAAUUAUUGUUCUGUUCAAUCCGGUCAUCACUAUUACUUGCCUAGUCAUGUCGCUUUCGUGGAAGCAGCUAUCUAACGCCGAUGUGAUCGACUCUUUGCUUUCGGCUACAACCCCGAAAUGUUUCAGCUACCUACUUUCGGGCGCAAACAUGUUCCAAAGCAUCACAUAUAUUGGCCUCCUCUACAUCCAUCAUAUUGUUGAAAAUGAGAAUUAUUUAUGGCACUCAAAGGCAAACGGCAAUACCAGGGCUAUAACCUAUUUUUGCCACGUGCAACAGUCUAAUAGACCAGUGCGUAAUUUCUUGUAUUGCCCAUAGACCAACGGAUAUUAUAACCGAAAACAAUACA